UUAUUGUGUGUUAAAGACUAUAGACUAAAGUAAAGUGUAUUGCAGUAAAUUAUAUAAUAGACCGUUUCCGGAACUUAUAAAUAAUAAUGACGACGGCAUCGGAAGACCUAACCAUCGUGGACAAGCGGCUAUUCAAAGCGAUCGGUCUAUUUCAAAUACUCAAUCCCACCCCCGGGGCCAACAGGUGCUACAGGAUAGCGUACAUGACUUCCAUGAUUAUGUCAUUCGUUGUGCAGAUCACACAGUUGAUCGGCCUGUACUUCGCGGUUAACGACUUGCAGAGGUUCGCGUUCACAACAACCGUGAUAUCCAACGGCUUUCUAUCCCUGUCCAAGGGAUUCGUAUUGGUGACAAACGCGGACAGGCUGUGCGCCGGCCUGGAAUUGGCCCGGUACGAGUUCACGUCCUGUGGGUCCCGAGACCAGCGCACGGCGCGCGGGUCCCGAGCGGUGUUGUCCUCGAUACUUCGCAUGUUUCUCGUGCUCAGCUCCGUCACCGGCUUUGUCUGGGCGUUGACGCCACUGUCCUUGAUGGGCGACUACUUGCCGGUGACCAAUAUGGACGGUACCAUAUCCCGUUACCGGGUUACCAUCUACAACAUCUGGUUACCGAUCCCGGAAACCGUGUACAACGCGCCGAUGGUCUGGGCGCUCAUCUACGCCGUCGAAGUGGUCGUGUGUUUCUAUAACGUGUAUAGUUGGAUGCUGUUCGAAAGCUACGUGAUGACAAUGUGUUUCACGUUAAACGCACAGUUCCGCAUAUUGUCGGACAGUUUUGCCGCCAUUGGCCAUCGCGACCAGUCACCGCCGCCACCGCACGCCACGGAUAAUCAUAUGAUACAAGAUCAUUAUAAUAAUAAAUUGCAUUGUUAUAAUAUUGAAUUAAUCAACCACAUACAAGAUAAUCAAAAAAUAAUAAAGAAGUAUGAUGAUUUUUUAGAAGUAAUUAAGCCUGCGGUACUAUUACAAAUAGUCAGUGGUUCAUAUUCAGUAAUAACAUUAAUAUUUCUCACUUCACUGACGUAUCUUAUGGGUGUUCCAAUUAUAUCUGGACCUGUUUUAAAAUCAUUCUUUGGUUUUUUGUUAGUUACUUCUCAACUAUUCAUGUAUUGCUAUGUAUUCAAUCAUAUAGAAACAGAGAAAUCUGCCGUGAAUUUUGGAUUGUACAGUAGUAAUUGGACUGCAUUGGAUUUAAAAUUUAAAAAGACGUUGUUAUUGGCCAUGAACAUGAAUUCGGCUCACAGGCGAGUGAUGAAAGUGUCACCAACGUCUAUCAUAAAUCUAGAAAUGUUUGCCAAUGUGAUGAACAUGUCAUACUCCAUAGUGUCUGUUCUACUAAAUUCUAGAACCGGAAAAUGAAUCGUAUCAGCUUAUGAAUUCAACUAUACACGAUAGGAAGGGAGUAAAAUAUUUCAUAAUUAUUUAAUUCACAUAAUAAUUUUCAA